CGAGCCAUACAUAUACAAACACGCACACACACACACACACACAUAUAUAUAUAUAUAUAUAUGCAUGUAUGUAUAUAUACUGCCUAGCUGUCACAACUAACAAAUCACUGAGAGAGAGAGUAUGUGUGUGUGUAUGUGUGUGUGUGUGCGUCUAUGUGUGUGUUAUUUCUUUACUGCCCACAAGGGGCUACACACAGAGGGGACAAACAAGGACAGACAAACACGGAUUAAGUCGAUUAUAUCGACCCCAGUGCGUAACUGGUACUUAUUUAAUCGACCCCGAGAGGAUGAAAGGCAAAGUCGACCUCGGCGGAAUUUGAACUCAGAACGUAGCGGCAGACGAAAUACCGCUAAGCAUUUCGCCCGGCGUGCUAACGUUUCUGCCAUCUCGCCGUCUUAUGUGCGUGUUUGUAAGUGUGUGCGGUUUGGAGAAAGAGAGAAUGAUAAAAUGUGGUGGGGUAGGUUUUAUAAAGAAGAGAAGGGUAGAAGGAAGCAAGUGAGAAGUGAAAGAAGGGGGGGGGGAAACACGCACGCACACUUAUACAUGCUGUAUAGAUUAUACAUAUAGUUAGAGCAUAGCGAACCCUCCCACUUCCCUUGAUCGCAUCAGUAACCAGAGAGCGGAGUGAGAGGAAGGGCAAAGCAUAACAUAAGAGGGAGGGAGAGGAACACACACAAAGACACAUAUACACAUAUACACAAAUACGAUCGUAAAUAUACUCACACUCACAAAACUAGUAACAUUGACACACAUGCAGUUAUUCGUAGAAAGAGAAAGAAAGCAAAGAGAGAGAGAGAGAGAGAGUUAACAAAGAAAAAGAGAAAACGGAGAUAUAGAGAAAGAGGGAAGACAAAGAAAAAGAGAAAGAAAGAAAGCUAAUAGUGUUUUAGACUGAAUAAAGAGAGAGAGGGAGGAGGAAGAGUGAAAUAGAGAGGGAGGGAGAAGAGAGAGAGACAGAAAGAGGAAAGGAGAAGAGAGAAAUAGAGAGGGAGGGAGAAGAGAGAGACAGAAAGAGGAAAGGAGAAGAGAGAAAUAGCGAGGGAAGGAGUGUGAUAUGACACUCACACGCACACACACAUACACACGCGCACGUAUACAGACACAUGCAUGUCACACAAAAGUCAGGCAGAGCUGAAGUGAGUAAAAGAGGGGAAGGGAGAGUAAUAUAGCGAGAAGGAGUAGGAGUGGAAGGGGGAGGUGAUGGCGAAAGGGAAAGAGUAAGAGAUAUAAACUUACACACACACAUACGUACACACAAAAACACAUAGAAACACACACUCAGCAAUAAACACGAACACACACACAUGCAUAAAUAUACACACAUAUACACAGACACAUUACAAUACAUAGAUAUACACGCAUACAGUAAGACGAACGCACACGCACAGACACAAAUAUAAACAGACUGCAAUACAUAGAAACACACAUACAAAGAUGCACAUACACAUACAGACACACGCACAUACAAAUGUACAGACAUACACAGGUUCAUAACUAUACAUAGACACACAGAGAUACACAAACAUACACUAUAGAGGAACACAGACACACACACACCCCGCAAACAUGCAUACACACACAGCAACAGACACGCUCACACACACACACACAGAUCUACAUUAACGUUCACUCAGCUUUUGCUGCGUCAGUCAACAUGAAAGCCAGAGAUAGAGAAAGACAGAAUGGAAGAAUAAAAGACGAGGGGGGAGGGGUUGGAGGUGAGAACAUGAAAGAGACAGGAACAAAGAUGGAGGGGAGGGAGAGAGUCAGAGAGGGACAAAGAAAAGAGAGAGGGGGAGGGAGAAAAACAGACUGGGAGAUAAACACACAGAGAGAAUGAGAUAGACAAAGAAAGGAAGAUAGACGGAUAAAGUGAGAAAUAGACAGGAUGAGGGAGAGAGAGAGAGAGAGAGAGAGAGAGAGGGGGAGACAGACAGAAAGGGUAAGAAGUAGACAGAGAAAGAAGGAGAUAUACCAAAAUGAGUGAGAAUUAGGAAUAGACAGACGGAGUGAGAGAGGGAGUGUGUGAGUGGCGAAGACUAAUGAGAGGGGGAACACUGUAUAUGUGUGUGAUGCACAGACACAUAAACACAGACACAUAAACACAGACACACACGCAUCUAGAGACAGACAGACAGACAGACAGGCAGGCAGAGCUGUUGGUGUUUCCAGUCGAAAAGAAGCGACGGAGUUAGCCAGAAGUAGCGACGAAAAACUGGCGUGAACGUGACGAGACUGGGAAUCAAUUUACACACGCAUCUAUAUAUAUAUAUAUAUAUAUGCAUACACAUACAUAGAUGUAUAUAUAUUGAUAUAGAUCUUGAUAUAAAAUGCACAUGCAAACAAAAUAGCCGUACCUAUACACACAAACACACCACCAUAGAAAUAUAUGUAUAUGAAUGCUGUAUAUAUCAUUGUAAUUAAGAAAUAUAUACAAGCAAUUAAUUAAACAAAUAUAUUGGUGGAAUCACAACAACAACAACAAUAAUUAAACCAGAUAGACAAACAGACCAAAAUCACUUACCUUUCAUUCCAAAUCGGAUCCAACGAAGGUUGGCUUUAAACAGACCUCAUAAAAGAAAAAAAGUCCACAAAACAAGGGAUACCCUUCUUAUUUUGUCCACAUACACAGAAACACAUACUAUAUAUAAGAUGUAUAUAUCUAUAUAUACACGCGUGUGAACACACACCACAUAAAUAUAUGUGUAUAUAAAUUUCUACUUAAUUUUGGAUGCUUCAUAUUCUUGGAUUGUUUUAAUACUUACCAGAAUGAUUAGAUGGAUGGACAACAUAAAUGUGACGACGGUUUGGUGCUGUUAUUAUUCCUCUGCUAAUAUUUCUAGACGAAUGACUUGAAUAAGAUGUGUAUUUAAUUGUGUUGGUGUCUUUCUUAAUCGCUGUACACAAUAAUUAUUAAUAAUUAUUAAUAAUUUAACAACAAACAAGUACAAACGAUCAUGCAUUUGUAUGUAUUUUCAUCUUAAAAUUUUUUUUAUUGCUAAGAUCGUGAAAGGGGAGAGAGAGAGAGAGAAAUCUUCAUUUAAAACCUUCCUCAGUCAACUUGGCGCUUACUUUGUAGAUAAGAGGCCUUUACACACCACACAGACAGAGGAACAUAUAUAUAUAUAUCUAAAUAUAUACACACAAGCACAUGCAGGCAGAAGACAUACACACAAAUACAUUGACAAUUUCAUACACACACACAUAUAGAUACACCACACGCAUGUGCACGUUUUCACACUUUCACACAUGGUAGGAAAGACAAGCAGAAGUGAUGUUUUGACCUGACAUAAAUAUUACUACAAGCCAAACACACCGUUUAAUAUCAUCCACAAUAAACCCCACAGCUUUUUCCUGUGAAUGUGUCUAAUUAAAACUUGUGUUUACAUAAUUAUCUAACCUCCCCGAUCACCUCCAACUGUCUGUCUCACUUUUAAUUUUAAUUAAUUUUUGAAUUAUAUUUAAGUUCCCCCCCUCUGUAAUUUACACACGUUAAACUGUAUGUGUAAUAAUAUAAAUAUAUAUAUGUGUGUGCGUUUUUAGAUAUUCGUUUUUCUCCCUUAUUAAAUAGAUAAUUGAACAAUUGUUUUCCUGUUCGUAGGCAUUCACUUCAACAUACAUACCCGAAACAUACGCAUAUAUAUAUAUGUAUAAAAUGUAUUGAAGUACUACAGAGAGGACGUCCAAAUUUAUAUACACAAAACAAAAUAAGGUUGUACAUCACUAAGCAAUAUAUAUAUAUACACAUUGUGUAUGUGUGUGGCUAUAUAUAUAUAUAUAUAUAUAUAUAUAUAUAUAUACACAUUAUCUAAAUCUACAAUCGUACACAUGUGUACUCCUCUGCUCUUCCCUGCCCACUCUAUAUAUACUCCUUACUAUCAAAAGAGACAGACAGACAGACACCCGGCCAAAACAGUCUAUAUAUAACCGCUCUGACACAGGAUAUAACGGGUGGUGUAAUACCCUAGGACACCUUUGAUAAACAACCGUUUUGUCCCUUGAAAAUUCUCACAACUUCGGAUAGUUUUUUUAUAUAUAUUUCCCCGCCGCUUCUGUCUGAUUAAUUGAGGGAGAAUCUUAAGUUUAUAAACUCUUUUUUUUUGUUAUUAUUUAUAUAUAAGGAGAACAAAAAAAUGAGUGUUUUGCAUGUAUAUGCACAUACGCAUGUAUAUUAGUUUUCCUUGAUGCGAAAUACCAAAUUCAUAUUUUUGACACCCUUUUCUGUGAACUUCAACAUUAUUUAGCAAAUUCACUGAGGAACAAACUACAGACAACAAAAGGUAUCGUGUGAAUGCCUAUAUAAUAAUCUCCACUCUUAAAACCGCAACAGACAAUCCUCCGUCUAUACAAUUUGGUGCAUUGAUUGUGAUCAAUUACUUUUUGGAUUUGCUUUUAUUUCUCAUAAUUAAUUGAAACUUGUCGGCCACAGAUGUCUGGAGUUACGAAAACCAAAGACAGCGAUAAUGCUGUUCUAAAACAUUCUUUCUUUCUUCAUACUUGUCUUUCGGGUGACAUUCGUCAGCACCCGAAGCGCAGGAACACCCCGGCUCCACUCAAUUUAGUUAACACAGGUGCUGUUCGCGUCGAUACUGAUCAAGAUACACCAACUCUUCAUCGAUCUCUCAACUCACGUGACACUGAAGAAAUGGUCCAGUCUCCCACUUCUCCCACACUCUCUGAUUCCAGCCGAUAUUCAGACAUGGGUGCCGAGUGUCAUCUCACAAAACGACUUUGCACACAAGUAGCAGCUCACACAAAAUCCAAAGAUAUAGAAAAUUUUUCAACAGGCGAUCAGUGA